AUGGAAGCAAAAGCGAAGGAAGCUGCCAAGAGAAAGCGGCAACCGCGAGUGGAUGAGUAUGUUGCAGCUAAGAAGGCAAGGAGACAGAGCCAGGAGUUGGCAAAAAGAGCUGCCCACCUUCGUCGUGAAAAGCAGAAGAAGAUGUUCCGCAGCUUUCCGCAUGAGGAGGAUCAUAUUCAUGCAGCCACUGCUGACAAUUACAAAGCUGGCCGACGAGCAUACCAGAGGUUCUUUCAGCAGCGGGACGGCGUCAGGUAUGCUGACAUCACCGCCGAAGGAGUGCGCACCUUUUUCAAGGAAACACCGUGCAACAAACCACCGACGCUUGACAAGUACGCCCGGGGAUUGCAGUGGACCCUUCACCACCUCUGGUUGUGUGGGGGCAAGCAAGGUCCUAAGCCUAACUCGCGGGCAUUUCCGGAGGUCAAAGAGAAAUUGAAGACUGAAAAGAAAGACACUGCGAGGAGACGAGAGGAGGAGCAGGUAGACAAGCAUGACGAGUUGACGGACCAGCUUUCCCCGGAGGAGUGGGAGCAAUUUCAAAGGCUCCAGCUUGAGUAUGCGUCGCUGUCAAAGGAAGAGUUGCGGGGCACAGGGACCACCCCUGUUGGGUUCCUUCAAGCAUGGUAA